CCCGCCCCGCCCCUCCCGCCGCAGCCGCCGCUGGGUCUGGGCCUGGGGAGGCGGCGGGCCGGGGGGGGCCGCGCCGGGGCGGGCGCCGGGGCCAUGCUGGGCAAGGACUACAUGCUGGCCAUCGUCCUCGUCAACUGCGACGACAACCUCUGGAGUGACCAGAGCCUGGAGACAGACCCCGACCUCCCCCCAGGCUGGAGGAAAAUCCGUGACUCUCUGGGCACCUACUACUGGCAUGUGCCAACUGGCACGACGCAGUGGCAGCACCCCACACGCACCAGCACCGGCCCAGGAGGGCGCACGGAGACUGAUGGAGAGGAGACACUCCAGGGAAUGGACUGCCAGACCCCCGCGGCCAACCACGCGGCAAAGGACAGGCCCAUUCCCAGCCCCAUGGCUUCGCUGUCCCGGAGGACCUCGCUGCCCUGGCACGGAGAUGACUUUCAGCACAGCGCAGAGCCUGGCUCCAAGUGCUUUGCUGUGCGGUCUCUGGGCUGGGUGGAGAUCCCCGAGGAGGACCUGGCACCCGGCAAGAGCAGCAUCGCUGUCAACAACUGCAUCCAGCAGCUCUCCAACAGCAAGGUCCAGGGCUCUGUGGAGAACCGGGGCGAGGGCCAGGACCUGGUGAUGAUCCUGAAGAAGGACACCAUGAGCCUGGUGGACCCCCUCGACCGCAGCCUCAUCCACCGCCAACCCAUCCUCAACAUUCGCGUCUGGGGCGUUGGCUGCAACAACGGCAGAGACUUUGCCUUCGUGGCCAGUGACAAGGACACCUGUGUCCUCAAGUGUCACGUCUUCCACUGCAACGUGCCCGCCAAGGGCAUCGCCAAGGCCCUGCACGAGAUGUGCUCCAAGAUUGUGGCUGAGCGAGCCAUAGCGAGCAGCGGACUGCCACACGCUGCCACGCUGGAGCCCGUGUCCACUGAGGACCUGCCGCUGCAAGUGGAUAUCCUGGAAGCGGUGAGGCAGUCGAUGCAGACUUACGAGGCGCUGUACAUCGGCAGCCUGCCUGUGCCCAGGGCCAUGGGGAUGGACGUACUGAACGAGGCCAUCGAGAAGCUGACGAGGGGCCCCGGACGGGAGCGCUGGACGCCCUCCCUCAUCCGCGUGUCCGACACAGCCAUGAGGGUGCACCCCGCACAGGAGGACGAGGAGGAGGCGGCGCACAUCUGGGAGUGCCAGGUGCGCUACGUGACCUUCCUGGGGGUGGGCCGGGACGCCCACACCUUCGCGCUCAUCGUGGACACGGGGCGACGCUUCCAGUGCGCGGCCUUCUGGUGCGAGCCCGACGCCGGCACCAUCUCGGAGGCGGUGCAGGCAGCCUGCAUGGUGCAGUACCAGAAGUGCCUGGUGGCCGCCGCACCGGGGGCUAAGGCGAAGGCUGCCACAGCCGGCGGGGACGCUGCCGGCGGGGCGGCCAAGGCGAGCGGGGGCAGCGGAGGGGCGGCGGGGGCCGGUUCCCGCAAGCGGGGCCUCUUCUCCUUCCUGGAGGCCUUCCGCCUCAGGCGAGCCCUCCUCCACACCCCAUAGGGGGCCGGGGCCGGGGCGGGGGCCGGGGCCGGGGGACGGAGGCCCCGGCCCCGGUCCCCGGCCCCGGCCCCCGCCCCGG